AAGAAGAUGAGGAAAAUGCGGACUCUUCUCGGCUUUGUGCACUGCUGCUGCUGCUGCUUCUUGCUCCUCCUGCCUCCGCCGCUCCGGGUCAGCCUGGCAGCGGCCAAGCAGCUGCUGAGGUACCGGCUGGCCGAGGAGGGACCCGCCGACAUCCGCAUCGGUAACGUGGCCGCCGACCUGGGCAUCGUGACAGGCUCCGGAGAGGUGACAUUCAGCCUGGAAUCAGGUUCCGACUACCUCAAGAUCGAUAACAUGACCGGGGAGCUGAGCACCACGGAGCGGCGCAUCGACCGCGAGAAGCUGCCGCAGUGCCAGAUGAUCUUCGACGAGAACGAGUGCUUCUUGGACUUCGAGGUGUCGGUCAUCGGCCCCUCGCAGAGCUGGGUGGACCUCUUCGAGGGCCGGGUCAUCAUCCUGGACAUCAAUGACAACACCCCCACCUUCCCUUCCCCCGUCCUCACGCUCACCGUGGAGGAGAACCGGCCCGUGGGGACCCUCUACCUGCUCCCCACCGCCACCGACAGGGAUUUCGGCCGCAACGGCAUCGAGCGCUACGAGCUGCUGCAGGAACCCGGAGGGGACGGGGGACGGCGCGGCGGCGGCGGCGGCGGUGGAGGCGGCGGCGGGGGCGGUGCUGCGGCGGCCGGCUCGGAGAGCGCCCUCUAUCCCGGCGGCAGCAAGCGGAGGCAGGAGGCGGAGGCCCGCAGCAGCGUGUUUGAGCUGCAGGUGGCCGACACCCUGGACGGGGAGAAGCAGCCGCAGCUGAUCGUCAAGGGGGCGCUAGACCGUGAGCAGCGGGACUCCUACGAACUGAGCCUGCGCGUGCGCGACGGCGGCGAGCCCGCGCGUUCAUCACAGGCCAUCCUGCGCGUGCUGAUCACCGACGUGAACGACAACAGCCCCCGCUUCGAGAAGAGCGUCUACGAGGCCGACCUGGCGGAGAACAGCAGCCCCGGGACCCCUAUCUUGCAGCUGCGAGCCACCGACCUGGACGUAGGGGUGAACGGGCAGAUCGAGUACGUCUUUGGGGCAGCCACCGAGUCGGUCAGGCGGCUGCUGCGGCUGGAUGAGACCUCAGGGUGGCUCAGCGUCCUGCACCGCAUUGACCGUGAGGAGGUUAACCAGCUGCGCUUCACCGUGAUGGCCCGGGACCGUGGGCAGCCCCCUAAGACAGACAAGGCCACGGUGGUGUUGAACAUCCGUGAUGAGAAUGACAAUGUGCCCACCAUUGAUAUCCGGAAGAUUGGGCGCAUCCCACUGAGGGAUGGAGUGGCCAGCGUGGCUGAGGACGUGCUGGUGGAUACCCCCAUUGCCCUGGUGCAGGUAUCAGAUCGGGACCAAGGCGAAAACGGUGUGGUGACCUGCACCGUGGUGGGGGAUGUGCCCUUCCAGCUCAAGCCAGCCAGUGAAGGUGAAGGGGAGCCGCAGAACAAGCGCAAGUACUUCCUCCACACCUCAGCCCCUCUGGACUAUGAGGCUGUACGUGACUACAAUGUGGUGAUUGUAGCUGUGGACUCAGGCAGCCCCAGCUUGUCCAGUAACAACUCCUUGCUAGUGCGGGUUGCAGACACUAAUGACAACCCUCCUGUGUUCGGCCAGGCUGUGCUGGAGGUUUCUUUCCCAGAGAACAAUCUGCCUGGUGAGAGGGUGGCCACAGUUGUGGCCACAGAUGCGGACAGUGGCAAGAAUGCCGAGCUCACCUAUUCCCUGGAGCCCUCACCCCUCUCCUCAGAGUCACCAAGCGGCAUCUUCAGCAUUGACCCCGACUCUGGGGAUGUGUCUGUGCAAGUGGUGCUGGACCGUGAGCAGCGUGACACCUAUGAGUUCCAAGUGACGGCCCGAGACAAAGGGGUGCCAUCACUGCAGGGCUCCACCAUGGUGGUGGUGCGGGUGGCAGAUCGCAAUGACAAUGAGCCGCGCUUCAUGCAGGAUGUGUUCACUUUCUACGUGAAGGAGAACCUGCAGCCCAACAGUCCCGUGGGCAUGGUGACUGUGAUGGACUUUGACAAGGGGCGCAAUGCUGAGCUCAGCCUUUCCAUACAGCCCAGUGAUCAUGACCAGGCAACUGGCAUCUUCUCCAUUGAAAAUGACACAGGAACCAUCUACUCCACAGUCUCAUUUGACCGGGAGCAGCAGACCAGCUACACCUUCAAAGUGAAGGCGGUGGAUGGGGGUGAGCCGUCACGUUCGGCCACUGCUACUGUGUCCCUCUUCGUAAUGGAUGAGAAUGACAAUGCGCCCACUGUUACUUUCCCCAGCAACAGCUCCUACACUGUGUUGCCGCCCUCCAGCAACAUGCGCACUGUAGUGGCCACGGUGGUUGCAACUGAUGCUGACACCGGUCUCAAUGCUGACCUCAACUACAGCAUUGUUGGAGGAAACCCCUUCAAGCUCUUCGAGAUUGAUCCAGCCAGUGGCGUGGUAUCACUGGUGGGCAAGCUGGCCCCUAAGCACUAUGGCCUGCACCGCCUUGUUGUACAAGUGAAUGACAGUGGCCAGCCACCCCAGUCAACAACUGCCCUGCUCCAUGUCUUCGUCAAUGAGAGCUUGUCCAAUGCCACCGUAGUGGAGGGCCAGGUGGCACGCAGCCUCCACACACCUCUGGCCCAGGACAUUGCCGGUGAUCCCAGCUACGAGCUGAGCAAACAGCGCCUCAGCAUUGUCAUCGGUGUGGUGGCUGGCAUAAUGACUGUCAUCCUCCUCAUCCUGGUGGUGGUCAUGGCCCGCUACUGCCGCUCCAAGGGCAAGCAUGGCUAUGAGGCUGGCAAGAAGGACCAUGAGGACUUCUUCACCCCACAGCAGCAUGACAAGGCCAAGAAGCCCAAGAAGGACAAGAAAGGCAAAAAGGGCAAGCAGCCUCUCUACAGCAGCAUCGUCACUGUCGAGGCCUCCAAGCCCAAUGGGCAGCGCUAUGACAGCGUGAACGAGAAGCUCUCGGACAGCCCUGGCAUGGGCCGCUACCGCUCAGUCAAUGGUGGCCCGGGCAGCCCCGACCUAGCCCGGCAUUACAAGUCGAGCUCACCACUGCCCACCGUGCAGCUGCACCCGCAGUCCCCCACUGCUGGCAAAAAGCACCAGGCCGUGCAGGACCUGCCCCCUGCCAACACCUUCGUGGGCGCUGGUGACAACAUUUCCAUUGGCUCGGACCACUGCUCCGAGUACAGCUGCCAGGCCAGCAGCAAGUACAGCAAGCAGCCAUUUCGUAGAGUGACGUUUUCUGUUGUGAGUCAGCCUCAGGACCCACAUCAAGGGUCUUUGCAGAGUUGCUAUGACAGCGGUCUGGAGGAGUCAGAAACACCAAGCAGUAAGAGUUCAUCAGGGCCAAGACUGGGUGCCCUUCCACUCCCAGAGGACAACUACGAAAGGACUACGCCGGAUGGCAGUGUUGGUGAGGCAGAGCAUAUGGAAAAUGAUUCAAGGCCUCUGCCAGAUGUAGCCCUGACAGGGAAGUGUACCCGAGAAUGUGAUGAAUAUGGCCACUCGGACUCCUGCUGGAUGCCAGUUCGCACUUCUCCUGAAAGAAAGCAGAAGAGCCAGCCAAAACUCUCCACUUUCAUGCCUGUUGAUGAACGGGGCAGUCAGGAAAAGCUGGCCAAUGGAGAAGCUUCCCUCAUGGGUGAUCGCAACAGAAACCUCCUUAACAAAAAGUUGACCUCAUCCUAUGAGACCUUCAGCGCCGCUAGUUUCAGCAAGAAAGAAGAAGGCAAUCCAGAAGAUAUCCCCCUUACACAGACAGGGGAAUAUAAGCCAUCUCCUGUCAAUACUCUAACUAGAAGAGAAGUUUACCUGUAAGCUAAAAAGCAGCAACAAAUUUCUUUCAUGUUGUGAGCAAGAAAAGGGGCAAAAGUCUUAAAAGCAAAACAAUUUUAAUAAAAAUAUGAAACAAAAAGAGGAGGCCACCAAAGAGACAUAAGCUCUGCUUGCCACUUCUGCCUCCAUAGCAGGCAUUUAAUUAUAUGGUCUGCCUGACUAUACUGUACAAUGUAGAAAAUGUUGUUACUUGCAUGUCAAAUCCCCCCUCACCAAUUUUUAUUUUCCUAAAUCUAUGGUUGCAAACUCCUCCUAUAGUAAUGAGCUUGAUUAAAAAGGACACAACAUGUUGUUUCUCCUCUGCAGAAGCAUGAGUUAAGCCACUCAUUUUUUCGAUGGUCAUCUGGCUUGUUGAGGAUAACAGGUCAGGGAAAAUGUAUUCAAAGCAUAUCAUCUAAAUAUUGCUGAUCCCCACCAGGGACAAUCCUUCCGAAACCAUACAGAUAUAAAGAUAAAUAUAAAGGAAUAAUCAUUAAUAGGCACUUUGUGAAGACCACAGCUUUAAUAUUCUCACCUCUCAUCUGACGCAGGAUGCUACAGAGACACGUUCAGCUUGAGACUGCCGUCCAAAACAUGGCAAACUUUCUUAUGAAUCAUGAACUCUGGUUCUGUUUUAUCCAUAGAACAAAUGUGUUCUAGCUGUGUCUCUUUCUCUCCUUCUCUCUCGUUCUCUGUAAUGAUUACUUCAAUGUAAACACAAUUAGUAACACAUAGUAGCAUAGUAAUGAUAAACUCUUGAAAUCAUUUUUUUGGACAAGACUAACAUUUAACUGGGAAGAUAGUAAUAACAAAAAGGCCAAAGAUCACACUAUGGAUCAGGGGAACUGCUAAGUAUUGGGGCUUGGCAUAGAAAACUAAUAUACUCAUGCACAUGUACUCAUAACACACCUUCAGUUACAUUUGCACAGCAGCACGUUCUACAAGCCCAGAUGACAAUAUUUUUUCCAGUGCGGUUCAGUUGAAUGCCUAAAGGAAAUGAUGUGGGUUUUUCUUUUUUUUGUGAUGACAUGAUAUGUUGCAGCAGAUGUUUCAUAUAUGAUACUGCCAAUUCCAGGGAAUUUCUGAAGUCAAAAUUAAAAAAUAGUAGUAUUGCUAGAA